AGGCAAUCUGGCCACCCCCAUUGGCCAGGCUGUCCCUCCCACUGGCCCCCGGGCUCCUCCCACACCCCCAUGCCAGAUAAGGCCAGCCGGGGACUGCCUCAUCUGGCAGUAGGCACCAGGGCUGGAAUGGGGCCGCCUGGCUGCCCAUUGCAGUGGCUGCUGCUGCUGCUGGGGCUAUUACUCCCUCCCGCUGCCCCCUUCUGGCUCCUCAAUGUGCUCUUCCCCCCGCACACUACGCCCAAGGCUGAGCUCAGUAACCACACACGGCCCGUCAUUCUCGUGCCUGGCUGCCUGGGGAACCAGCUAGAAGCCAAGCUCGAUAAGCCGAGUGUGGUGAACUGGAUGUGCUACCGCAAGACAGAGGACUUCUUCACUAUCUGGCUGGAUCUCAACAUGUUUCUACCCCUCGGGGUGGACUGCUGGAUCGACAACACUAGGGUUGUCUACAACCGCAGCUCUGGGCGCGUGUCCAAUGCCCCUGGUGUGCAGAUCCGUGUGCCUGGCUUUGGCAAGACCUACUCUGUUGAGUACCUAGACAACAACAAGCUGGCAGGUUACAUGCACACAUUGGUGCAGAAUCUGGUCAACAAUGGGUAUGUGCGCGAUGAGACAGUGCGAGCUGCCCCCUAUGACUGGCGGCUGGAGCCCAGCCAGCAGGAGGAGUACUACCGGAAGCUCGCUGGGUUAGUGGAGGAAAUGCACGCUGCCUAUGGGAAGCCCGUCUUCCUCAUUGGGCACAGCCUUGGCUGCCUCCACCUGCUGUAUUUUUUGCUGCGCCAGCCCCAGUCCUGGAAGGACCACUUUAUCGACGGCUUCAUCUCCCUUGGGGCUCCCUGGGGUGGCUCCAUCAAGCCCAUGCUGGUCUUGGCCUCAGGUGACAACCAGGGUAUCCCACUCAUGUCCAGCAUCAAGCUGAGAGAGGAGCAGCGCAUGACGACCACUUCCCCCUGGAUGUUUCCAUCCCAGGGGGUAUGGCCAGAGGACCAUGUAUUCAUCUCCACACCCAGCUUCAACUACACCAGCCGUGACUUCAAGCGCUUCUUUGAGGACUUGCACUUUGAGGAAGGCUGGUACAUGUGGCUCCAGUCACGUGACCUGCUGGCAGGUCUCCCUGCCCCAGGUGUGGAGGUGUACUGCCUGUACGGCAUGGGCCUGCCCACUCCCCACACCUACAUCUAUGACCAUGGCUUCCCCUAUGCGGACCCUGUGGGUGUGCUCUAUGAGGACGGUGACGACACGGUGGCCACUCGCAGCAUGGAGCUCUGUGGCCUCUGGCGGGACCGCCAGCCACAGCCUGUGCACCUGCUGCCCCUGCAUGCAACGCAGCACCUCAACAUGGUCUUUAGCAAUCAGACCCUGGAGCACAUCAAUGCCAUCUUGCUAGGUGCCUACCGACAGGGCACCACAGCUCCGCCGCCUGCCAGCCUAGGGACCCAGCCCCCCAAAUAAAAAACUAGCUUACUG